UACGAAUACCAUCUAAUUUAAUUGAUAAAGUUUUAUGAAAAUGAUACCCAAAAACUGCGAUCGAAUCUCUCUACAUCAACACGCUUAGUCGCUCAAUUUCACCCAAACGAUUCUUUUCUUGGGUCACCCGAAAUACUUUGUGAUAAAACAAAAAUGUUUCAUACUAUAUUUAUUUGAAUAAUUUCUAUUCCUGUUCUGGCAAAAAAAAAAAAAAAAAAAAAUUAUUCUAUGCCUGUUCUUGCCCAUCCUCUCUUACGCCAUUUGCCGCCAUCUAACCGUCAGGAGCACUGCGCACUGCGCACUGCCUUUUCCCUAAUUUUGAUGAUUUGAUCGAACGAGUAACCCUAAUUCGCAACUGUUCUAGUGAAAAUCAGAAGAAAUCAGAGCUACUUAUUUAUCGAACACAAUUCAGAAAAUUUUUAUUUCUUCACUCAACAUGGAACCCUCCAAUGAAGAAAAUCCAGGCUUCCUUGAUCGAACUUCUCGAGCAACUCGAGGAAAAAGGAUGAACAAAUUGCUUGAUGAAGAGGCUGAGGAAGAUGAAGCUUUCUGGAAUCAAGAGGCUCUUAAGGAUGAAGAGGAUGACAAUGAAUAUGAAGCGGAGCCAGAGGUUGUGGAUGAGUUUGAUAGUGACUUUGAUGAAGAUGAGCCGGAAGCUGAUGAUGGAGCAGAGAAUGAAGCAGAUGCAAGGGAGAAGAGGCCAAAGAAACGUCUGACAUACCCUGGAAAGCCAGUAACAAAGAAGAAAAAGAAGGACCUUUCAAAAUUGGAAAAAUCUUUGAAGGAUGAAAUGGAAAAGGAUGUAUCAAAGAAUGUGGAGACCCCAGAUGAAGAAAAGCUUUCUGAACAACCUACCACCCCAGAUCAUCAAGAGGAAGGUGAUGAAGUUGAAGGGGAAAAAUCAGUGAGGAAAUCCACUAGAACUGCUGUUAUAGUUAGGCAGGCUGAAAGAGAAGCAAUUCGUGCUGCAUUGCAGGCUACAAUGAAGCCUAUAAAACGAAAAAAGGAAGGUGAGGAGAAGCGAAUGACUCAAGAGGAAAUGCUUUUGGAGGCUGCUCAGACAGAAAUCAGGAACUUGAGGCACUUGGAGCGUGUUUUAGCAAGGGAAGAGGAAGUUAAGAAAAGAGCUAUUGUGCACAAGGCAGCCUUCACCGGCCCACAAAUACAAUACUUUUCAAAAAAUGGUCACUCAUAUAUCGAGUUCAGAAAUGGAGUGUCAUUUGAGUCAGAGAUUUCAACAAAAUCAGUUCCUUAUCCUCAGAAAGCAGUAUGUGCUAUAACCGGACUUCCUGCCAAGUAUCGAGAUCCAAAGACGGGGUUACCUUAUGCAACGAAAGAAGCUUUCCAAAUGAUACGUGAACGUUAUGCAGCUGAAAAUAGCCGCUCCGGAGGUAAGAUGGCCGUUGGAGAAUUGUAUAAUUCAAUUAUGGGGCAAGGUUUCUUGGGCAGGAGGCAGAGAUCACCUAUCUCACGUCAAAGUGAAACACCAUAUCCUCGAUCAUCGAGACGGUUUUGCAGAAUACCAGCUGUUGAUUAUGUGGUUUCGGAUUAGCUGCUACUCUUAAAUCACUUUUUUUUUUUCGUUUUAGACGAAAAGUCACUCAGUUACCAAUCCUCCACAGUUUGUAAAUAUUGCAAAUGCACUUUGUAUACAAGAAAAUAGGUGUUGUAUUGGAUUUGUGUCAAUUAGAGGGGAAGUAGGAGUUUGAAAGUUGAACAUUUGAGUCUAGGCUUGUUGUGUACACCUUAUUUUCAGUUUUUAUCAGAAUAAGUUCACAGAAGUUUAGAUAAGGACUAAUAAGAUCUAAUAAGUUUAGAUAAAUUUAACAAAAAAUUUAAUUUCAAAAAUAAAUAUACCAGAUAUUAUUAAUUAUCUGUUUUUUA